AUGUUGAAGUCGAUCAUCCUUCUUAAGUUUUCGUUCACAAGCGACUUUUCUUUCUUUUUUCUUUUUCUUUCAUUUUCUUUCAGGUUUUUUUUUAUUGUUUCUUCUUUUCUUCCUAUCUUUCUUGAGUCUAUUCUUUGUUCUUCUUUAUCAACUUUCUUCCUCAUUUCUUAUUUUCUAGUCUCCACUGAUAUUAUAUUUUCAAACGAUUAUUCGUCCUUGCUUACCAUUCUCUCUUCCUUUAUCCCAUUUUUCCUUCUUAUUUCUUUCUAUCUUUUACUUUCGUUUUUUUUCUUUUUUCCUUUCUUUCUUUCGUUUGUUCGUUCGCUUUUUCUUGCUUUUCAUCUACGCUUUCUUUCUUUCUUUCUUUCUUUCUUAUCUACCUACCUAACUUCAUUGUUUCUUACCAAUCUUUUACAUUUUAUUUUUUCCUGUUUAUUCGUGGUGUUCUUCUUUAAUUCUUUCAUUAUUUCUUUCUUUUCAUUUCAUCGUUAUCUUUUUUGUUAUUUUCUUUUUCAUUACUUUUAUUUUCUUCUUUCUUUCUUUUCUUUUUUAAAUUUCUUUCUUUUUACAUUUCUUUUCUUUCUUUUUUUCUUUGCUUUCGUCUUCAUUUGUUUUCUUUUCUUUUUUAUAUUUCUUUCCUUCCUUUGUUUUUCUGUUUUAUUUACAUUUAUUUUGUUUCCUUCUUUUUUUUCUUUUUCAUUUCUUUCUUUCUUUCUUUCUUUCUUUCUUUCUUUUCUUUCUUUCUUUCUUUCUUUCUUUCUUUCUUUCUUUAAUCAAGACACUUCUUCUCCCCCUUCAAUUUCUUUUUGUAAUUUUGCUUAA